CUGGUUGUGUGGCGUGUCAUCAACAAGAGGAAGGCCGAGCCAUAAGUCUGAAAUCUAAGUCACCUCCAAGCAUGGAUGAUUUGUGCUCGAUGUUCACUGAUGAGGAGAUGAGCCUCCUGAACAUCACUGACUGUGAAUUUGUCAUGCUUGAGGACCUUGAUCCUGUGCUGGGGCCCCGUCACCUGUCCGCCCUGGUGUUCUAUGGCUUGGUCUUCCUGCUGGGGGUCCCGGGCAACGCUCUGGUGGUGUGGGUGAUUGGCUUCCGCAUGCCGCGCUCCGUCACCUCUCUGUGGUUCCUCAACCUGGCCCUAGCUGAUCUGCUGUGCUGCCUGUCCCUGCCCCUCCACAUGGUGCCCUUGGCCAUGGACCAGCACUGGCCCUUUGGCCCUGUGGCCUGCAAGCUGCUCAAGGGCCUCAUCUACAUGGUCAUGUACUGUAGCGUGCUGCUGCUGGUACUCAUCAGCCUGGACCGCUGGCUGCUGGUCAGCCGUCCCGUGUGGUGCCAGAACUGGAGGAGGCCUCACAAGGCCACCUGGGUAUGUGUCGGGUUGUGGCUCCUGGCCCUGCUGGGCAGCAUCCCCCAGUUUGUCAACGUGAAGGAGGUCCAGUUAAGCACCAGUAAGUCAGAGUGCCUGGGAUCUUACACUAUAGUUAGCAGCUGGGCUAUAAUCACACUACGCUUCCUGGUGGGUUUCGUGCUGCCAUUCGUCACCAUCGUGGUGUGUCAUUGGGUUGUGUAUAGCAGGGCCAGGCAGGGGUCUGAGGUGGGGUCUGGGAGGGUGAGUGAGGUGCGCACCAGACGCACCUUGAGGGUCAUUGUUGCUGUGUCGCUGAGCUUCUUCCUGUGCUGGGUUCCACUGCACAUGCUGGACUUCCUGGUUCUAUUGACCCCCCGGCACUCAUCACACAGCGCCAACGUACAGCUGGCCCACACCCUGGCCCUCUGUCUGGCCUACUGUAACAGCUGCCUCAACCCUCUGCUCUAUGUGUGUCUGGGACGAGGCUUUAAGCAGAGUAUCAAUCGCUCCCUGCGCAGUAUGUUCAAUUUUGCCACUGAGGAGCCGGUACCCAGACAGAGCAUGUCCAAGAGCACAUCAGAAAGAACCCAGGAGAAUAUUAUGUAAAGUUCUCUGUGUGUGUGUCAACCAUGAGAACCUGUUGAGUCAGAGUGUUUUGUGACAUUUAAAAGUGCUCAGAGAUGUGAUUUGAAUCCAGUGUUGUGCAACAGAACAGGAACUUCUGCCCUCUCUGCAAUAUGUUUCCGCCAGCAAUCACACUUGUGCAAUUACAUUUGGCUUUUUCUGUAUUUAAAGGCUCUAUUCAAUCAGAUCCGCUUUAGCCGACAUCCCCAUAGCGGUAUUUUUGGCGGUGUUGGAGGUGGAGCUGUGUUAGAGCUGUCAAAUCCACAAGCGGCUCCUGGCAUUAUACCUAAAGCGGACAUUGCCAUUGGCUGCAUGU